AUGAGUCCUACUGUGAUUUUCACUGAAAGAAGAGCUAACAAAGAGACUGAAGUUGGGUUGUGGCUCAUUCUUCCAGCCAAUACAGACAUCCUAAUUCCAAUUUUGGCAAUUCAUCAUGACCCCCAAAUAUGGGGUGCAGAUUCACAUCUUUUCAAACCAGAAAGAUUUCAAGGAGGGAUUGCUGGAUCCACCAAUACCAACAUAGCAGCAUUUUUGCCAUUUGAUCGGGGAGCUCGAGCUUGUCUUGGCUUGAACUUUACCUAUAUAUACUCAUUCCCCGGUUCAUAUCCUUUCCCUCACUCCACAAACCGGGAUUCAAGUAAUCCUGCGUUCCCUCUGAUGUUCUACAAUUCAAUUCCAGAUUGCAAAGAACCAUUUGCAUGUAUAACUAUGCCAAAAGUGCCAGACAAAAGAGUUGAUACAACAAACGGAAUUUUCUACAAGAUUUGCUGGGCUCCAAUUCAUAUGCAAUAUGUCAUGAGGGCGCAGGGAAUCAAAGGUCCUCCUUACAAGUUUUUAUAUGGGAACACAAAAGAAAUCCUUAGCAUGAAAAGCAAAUCCAUGAGCUGCCCCAUGGUCGAUAUUUCACAUGACAUAUUUCCCAGAAUCCAGCCUCAUGUGUAUGCGUGGAGGAAUUUAUAUGAGUUAAUUCGAGAAAUUCUAAGCAAUAAAGAGGGUGCCUACCCAAAAAUCAAAGCUAACAGCCUUGUCAAAAAGCUGAUAGGAGAUGGGCUCGUCAUGACAGAAGGAGAGAAGUGGUUGAAGCUUCGGAAGCUGGCAAAUCAUGCUUUCCAUGCAGAAAGCUUAAAGGAUAUGGUUCCAGCAAUGAUCGAAAGUGUGGAAACUGUGCUUGAAAAGUGGAGAUGUCAUGAUGGCAAGGAAAUUGAAGUAUAUGAAGAAUUCAGGCAUUUGACCUCAGAGGUUAUCUCCAGGACAGCUUUUGGAAGCAGCUACUUAGAAGGCAAGAACAUAUUUGAAAUGUUGAUGCAGCUUGGUUUCUUCAUUUUCAAAAAUGAUGCCAAAAUUCGGUUCCUCGAGGAUUGGAAAAUUUUCCGCUCAGCUGAUGAUAUUGCAUCAGAAAAAAUCGAAGAAUCGCUUCGGAACUCAAUCAUGUCGAUUGUAAAUAAGAGAGAAGAAGGGGUAAAGACAGGAAAAGCAGACAGUUACGGGAACGAUUUUCUUGGUUCACUUCUUAAAGCUCACCAUGCUGCAGAUAUAAAAUACAGGAUUACAAUAGACGAUAUUGUGGACGAAUGCAAGACAUUUUACCUUGCAGGACAUGAAACAAUAAGCUCUGCCCUAACCUGGACUAUUUUCCUCUUGGCAAUCCACACAGAUUGGCAAGAAAAAGCAAGAAACGAAGUGUUUGAAUUCUUUGGCCACGAAAAACCAAAACCAGACUUCAUUGCUAGACUAAGAAAUAUGACCAUGAUCAUCAAUGAAACUAUGAGGCUGUACUCUCCUGCAACGAAUAUUGUGAGAAGAGUCGGAAGUGAAGUGAAACUCGGAAAGCUGACACUUCCAGCUGAUAUGGAUAUCAAUAUUCUACCUUGUGCAAUCCACUGUGAUUCAGAGAUAUGGGGAGCAGACGCUUUUCUUUUCAAGCCAGAGAGAUUUGCAGAAGGGGUAGCUAAAGCAACGAAUUACAAUACCAUGGCAUAUCUUCCAUUUGGCUUUGGACCGAGGACUUGCGUGGGGUUGAACUUUGCUACUAAUGAAGUCAAGAUCGCACUCUCAAUGAUGUUGCAGCGUUUCAAGUUCACCCUUUCUCCAAAUUACGUCCAUUCGCCUUUUACAGUUCUUACACUUCGCCCCGAGCGAGGAGUUCCGAUUGUGUUGAAUCCACUCUGA